CUGGACAAGAGACAUCACCAUGUGGCCCGAGCCUUCCCAAAGUGUGCACCUGCAUGGAUGGUAACUAUGGCAACGGUGGCACCUGCACGGCGUGCACCUGCUCACACGAUGGAGAAGCCGUGUUCUCUCGAGACUGCACGUAUCCCAUUGGAAUGGAAUCUGGCGCCAUACCUUAUGACAGCAUCACUGCAUCCUCUACCUGGGGUGUUAAUCACGAGUCCUACCGCGGUCGGUUGAACAAAGUUACUGGUGCCGGCGCUUGGGCAGUCAGAACCAACACCAUCGGGGAAUGGCUACAGGUGGAUUUAGGAGAAAUGGGGACCGUCACAGGCACCAUCAUCCAGGGUCGCUAUAGUCUCGAUCAGUGGGUGACCUCCUACAAACUACAGUACAGUGUAGAUGGUCUUAGUUGGAUCACGUAUGCAAGACGCGAUGGCUCCGAAGAGGUGUUUCCAGGCAACACCGACAGGAACACCCCUGUAACUAACCUGCUGGACAGUCCCAUUAAUGCCCAGUACGUGCGUUUCCUGCCUCAAUCCUGGCAGAACCAUAUGAGUAUGAGGGUGGAGGUUCUAGGCUGCAGCGUCAACGGUGGGUUUCUGUUGAAUAGUUGA